AUGAGGAACUCAUUUGCACUUCUGCUUUUAUCUGUUGCCAUCGCUUUUGUUACUGUUGGCUCAUUUGCUGAUGAGGCGAAGGAUUCCGUGGAGUUAACUCCUGAUAAUUUUGAUAAGGUGGCGUUGGAUACGGAGAAACAUGUGUUUGUAAUGUUUUAUGCGCCAUGGUGUGGACAUUGCAAACGUCUUAAACCCAAAUGGGAGGAACUCGCUAAAGAAAUGAAAGAUGAGACAUCGGUGGUUAUUGCUCGAUUGGAUGCUGACAAGCACCGCAAUGUGGCGGAGCGUUUUGAUGUUCGCGGGUACCCGACACUUCUGCUUUUUGCUCGAAGUAAAAAAGAAGGCCUCCGCUACGAAGGAGCCCGUGAUGUGGCAGCACUGAAGGAAUUUGUUAAAAGCAACAUGUGA